UUAAUUAUAAAAUGCGAUACUACUACUAACGCGAUACUUAUUGAUAUCCAUGGCAACAAUUGUGUACACAAUUAACAUAACUUUAAAUUGAUCAAGCUUACCGAAAUAUAAACAACAUGGCGAAUAAAAGAAAUAUAAAGUUACAUGUAAAAUAUAUCAUUUAAUAAAUUAAUCUUUUAACUAUGCGGCAUCAAACUGUUCUUAUAUACAUAUUAUUGAACAAUUAGCCUGUUUAGCUUUCUUGAUUAUAACGCUAAACUAUUUAAUUUCAAAAAUGUCGACUGAGAAGGUUCUUUAUCAGUUAUAUCAACCUCAUGGUUCUGGUACUGUCUAUAUUUCAUGGCGCCCUGGUAAUAGUACUCAUUUAGCAACUACUGGUUAUGAUUCCUCAGUUGCUAUUUUUGAUAGACAAGGUGAUUUACAAGAACGUAUUCAAAUUGCUGGUCUUUGUACUGGUUGGUGGGAUUCCGAUGGAGAUCUAUUGGCUAUUAUAUCUCAAAAUUCAUCUGCUAUUAUAUUAUGGGAUGCAACAACUGGAAAAAAAACACAAAUUGAUGCUGGUGUAAGAGAUGGAUUAACAUGUAUGAUAUGGGCAAAAAGAACUUGUUUAUUAGCAGUAGGAACACAGAAAGGAAAUUUAAUACUUUAUGAUCAUAUUAAUUCAAAACGAAUACCAAUUUUGGGAAAACACAAAAAAAAGAUAACAUGUGGUGCUUGGUCUUAUGAGGGUCUUCUUGCAUUGGUCAGUGAAGAUAAGAUUUUAACUAUUAGUACUAGUGAUGGAGAUACAAGACGUGAAAUACCUCUUCAAGGAGAUGCAUCUGAUAUUCAAUUUAAUGAAAUGAAAAUGGAUCAUAGAGUUGGGGGUGAAAAUACAGUAUCUCUUAUUAUUAGUAAAACUACUUUAUUUUUAUAUAAUAUUUUGGAUCCAGAAAAUCCUAUUGAAUUAGCUUUUCAAAAACGUUAUGGUCCUAUUGUUACUUAUAAAUGGUAUGGGGAUGGAUAUAUUUUAGUUGGUUUUCAAACUGGAUAUUUCACUGCAAUAUCCACUCACAUUAAAGAAGUUGGUCAGGAAUUAUUUCAAGUUAAGAAUCAUAAAGAUUCCUUAACUGACCUGGCUAUAAGUCAAGUAAUAGGAAAAAUUGCUACAUGUGGAGAUAAUAAUAUAAAAAUACAUAAUUUACAAAAUUUAGAAGAGACUGAAAAAUUGAUUACAAUAAAUGGUGAAACCGGUAUUAGUACAAUAGAAUGGUCAAUGGAUGGCACAAUGAUAGCAACUGUAACUUAUAGUGGAAAUAUUUGUUAUUUAAUACAGAUUCCUAAAUUAUUUAGCGUUUAUGGAAAUAGAAUUGCAUUACUUACUAGUUUAACAGAAGUUACAAUUUAUCUUUAUACAUUGGAUAAGGAGAAAUCAGAACCAAUAAUAAUUAAUACCAUAAUAGAACCAUCAGUAUUAGCAAUUGGUCCUAUGCAUGUAGCAGUGGGAUUAAAUAAUAGAGCAUUAUUCUGGGACAUAUCAGGCAUCAAUUAUAAUACUACAAUCCACUUUGAAAGAGAUUACUUAGCAACAAUAGAUUGUAUACGAUUGAAUGAGACUUAUGCAUCUGUUUUUGAUGGCAAAUUACAAUUGCAUUCGAUUAAAAUAGAUCAAACAUUAACAAAAGAAGGGAAAGAUACAAAAAUGUUCCCAGGUUUAAAUGCUUCAGAUUACAAAAUAACGUGCCAUGCCCUCAGUACUGAUUUUUUAAUCUAUGGUAGUGAUAUGGGCCAUAUAAUUUAUUUUUGUCUAGAGAUUUUUAAUCAGUCUACUGAACAUAUACACAAUAAUGGUAUAAAAGAAAUUUAUUUAGAUACAAAUGGAACACAAUUGUGUUUUUUAGAUAAUAAGUUUGAUGUUUAUAUUUAUAAUCCUGUGCAAGAAACUGUUUUACAAAUUCUUGAUUGUCUAGACUGCAUUCAAGGUCUAAUUUGGGAUCAAAAUAUUUUGGAACGUAAUAUAUUUGCUAUUUACAAUAAAACUGUCGUUACUACAUAUAUAUUUGUAAAAUAUUUUAUUGAAGGUAUAAAAAUUAUAAAGAUAAACUCAACAAAACUACCAUCUGAAACAUUACCGCUAUUGAUGUACUCUGGAGAAUUGACAUUAAGUUCAACAAGUAAUAAGUUAAUGCAGAUUACAUUAUCUUCUCAUGAAGAUAUAGGAAAUAUUGUAGAAUAUACAAAAAUGAAAGAAAUAUUAGAAAAUCAAAUUCUUUGUAGAAGAUUUGAGCAGGCAUGGAUUACAUGUGAAAAAAUCAACGAAAAAGAAUCAUGGUUAAAAUUAGGAGAAAAUGCAAUUGCAAAUUUAAAUAUUGAUUUCGCACUUCGAAUUUAUCGUUAUUUAGAAGAAGUUGCAAUGGUUUGGGCAUUACAAAACAUGGAAACUAUAGAUGAAUUACCAUUAUUAUGUGGACAUGCAUGCAUCUUACUUGGUAAUUACAAUCAGGCAGAGCAAUUUUUUUUACAAUCAUCAGAACCAGUUCAAGCCUUAUAUUUGAGAAGAGACUUAAUGCAAUGGGAGCAGGCAUUAAAUUUAGCUCAAAAAUUGAAAGCUGAUGAAAUUCCAUAUAUUGCUAGAGAAUAUGCUCAACAAUUAGAGUUUAUGGGUAAUUAUCCAAAAGCAUUAACAAAUUACGAACGUGGAUUGGUAAAUUUAAAUAAUAUAUAUAAUACAACUAUAUAUAAUCCUCAUCAUCGAAAUCUAUGUCUUGCUGGAAUUGCAAGAAUGUCAAUCAGAUGUGGGGAUAGUAGAAAAGGUGUAAGUAUAGCUAUGGAUAAUGAAAGUUCAAGACAAUUAAGAAAAGAGUGUGCAGAAAUAUUAGAAUCAAUGAAGGUAUGUAUUGUGACUAUAAAUGUAUAUUUCAAUAUAGGUGCUAGAGUAGCCAGCACCGGCAUGUUAUCAGUACAUGAUUGA